GGGGCGGCGGGCGCGGCGGCGGGGCCCGGGCCGGGCGGCGGCGAGGGGGCGAAGAUGGCGGACGUGCUUAGCGUCCUGCGACAGUACAACAUCCAGAAGAAGGAGAUUGUGGUGAAGGGGGACGAAGUGAUCUUCGGCGAGUUCUCCUGGCCCAAGAAUGUGAAGACCAACUACGUGGUCUGGGGGACUGGAAAGGAAGGCCAACCCAGAGAGUACUACACGCUGGAUUCUAUCUUGUUUCUGCUGAAUAAUGUACACCUGUCUCAUCCUGUUUAUGUCCGACGUGCAGCUACUGAAAAUAUUCCUGUGGUUAGAAGACCUGAUCGAAAAGACCUGCUUGGAUAUCUCAAUGGUGAAGCAUCAACGUCAGCAAGUAUAGACAGAAGCGCUCCUCUAGAAAUAGGUCUUCAGAGAUCUACGCAAGUCAAACGAGCUGCAGAUGAAGUUUUGGCCGAAGCAAAAAAACCACGAAUUGAGGAUGAAGAGUGUGUGCGCCUUGAUAAGGAGAGACUGGCUGCUCGUUUGGAGGGUCACAAGGAAGGGAUUGUCCAGACGGAGCAGAUCAGGUCUUUGUCUGAAGCUAUGUCAGUGGAAAAAAUUGCCGCAAUCAAAGCCAAAAUUAUGGCUAAGAAAAGAUCUACAAUCAAGACGGACUUAGAUGAUGAUAUAACAGCCCUAAAGCAGAGGAGUUUCGUGGAUGCGGAAGUGGACGUGACCCGAGAUAUUGUCAGCAGAGAGCGAGUGUGGAGAACUCGAACGACCAUCUUACAGAGCACGGGGAAGAACUUUUCCAAGAAUAUUUUUGCAAUUCUUCAAUCAGUGAAGGCCAGAGAAGAAGGGCGUGCACCCGAGCAGCGGCCGGCCCCGAACGCGGCACCUGUGGAUCCCACGUUGCGUACCAAACAGCCCAUUCCAGCUGCCUACAACAGAUAUGACCAGGAGAGAUUCAAAGGGAAAGAAGAAACGGAAGGCUUCAAAAUUGACACGAUGGGCACCUACCACGGGAUGACGCUCAAGUCGGUGACGGAGGGUGCAUCGGCUCGUAAGACACAGACUCCUGCAGCACAACCAGUACCAAGACCAGUUUCUCAAGCCAGACCUCCCCCAAAUCAGAAGAAAGGAUCUCGAACACCUAUUAUCAUAAUUCCUGCAGCUACCACUUCUUUAAUAACGAUGCUUAACGCAAAGGACCUUCUGCAGGACCUGAAAUUUGUCCCAUCAGAUGAAAAGAAGAAACAAGGCUGCCAACGAGAAAAUGAAACCCUGAUACAGAGAAGAAAAGACCAGAUGCAACCAGGGGGCACUGCAAUUAGUGUCACAGUUCCCUACAGAGUAGUAGACCAGCCCCUUAAACUAAUGCCUCAAGACUGGGACCGGGUUGUGGCAGUUUUCGUGCAGGGUCCUGCGUGGCAGUUCAAAGGCUGGCCGUGGCUCUUGCCUGAUGGAUCACCAGUGGACAUAUUUGCUAAAAUUAAAGCCUUCCAUCUCAAGUAUGACGAAGUUCGCCUGGAUCCAAACGUUCAGAAGUGGGACGUGACAGUGUUGGAACUCAGCUACCACAAACGCCACCUGGACAGACCCGUUUUCUUACGAUUCUGGGAGACACUGGAUAGGUACAUGGUAAAGCACAAAUCCCAUUUGAGAUUCUGAAUUACUUGAUUUCCUCCCUUUCUGGAAAUCUGGAUUAAGAAGCAUGGAUAAACUUUGAUCUAAAGACUGAGACUCAAGCUUUAUGAAUUUAUCAAGAACUUACAAAUGAAGAAGGUUACAGAUCGAUCUUUUAUAAAACCUUAUUUGAUGAUUUAUGCUUCAAAGGGGUGAUGCCUGUCAUCCAUAUAAGCAAACUUUUUGGCUUAUAACUAUUUUUUUAAUAUUAGCCUUUUAGUCUGUAAUGGAAAUUGUAUAUUUUGAUAGAAGUUUUUUCUCCAUUGGUUAUAUUAGCAUUACUUAAAAUUUGUUUCUUUAGAAAAUAAAUGCAGGUUACAAAAUGUGUGUAUAUUUAGAGGUUAUAAGGCUCUCUAAGCCAUCUUGCUUCUGAUUUUUCAUUGCUCUAUACUUCCUUUUAUUGAAAAUACUAUGUUAUGAAUGGUAUUAAAUUUUAGUCUCUGAAACUUCCAAAACCAAGCAAAGGGAUGUGACUAUUUUGAAUGAAUCAAAAUGUCAACCUGUAUGUGUACUAUAUCUAUACUUUCUCUUUAUUUAAGAAGGAAUAAUGAAAAAUCAAGAACAAUUCUUCAGCUUUGGUUGAACUGUUGGGCUUUUCCAGACUUCUUUACUUAUAAUGAAUACAUCUAAUGAAUGUACAUCCUGCUCACUGACUUUGGUAAUUUUAAAACUUAGAAUGAUAUAUUUCUACCUGUGAUAUCUUUCCACUUGAAAAUCUCACAACACAGAUUGAAAACCUCAUAGGCUAUAGUACUUUUUAUUUUGGGAGCCAGAGUAUGAUUUGGGGGAACGAAAUGUAUUAGUCCUACUGCAGUGCAAAUUUUAACUAUCUUUUCUCAUGAGUCCAUCUUUGAUUCUUUCUUUAUAUGGUAUAGGAUUUGGAGUCUUCUGUUUCUAGGCACGUUCUUACCGUCCGUUAUCCUUAAAUAUUGAUAAACUCUUCCAAACACCAAAGAACACAUUUGCUUAAAUAAGUGUCUGAACAGAAGCAAGAUAAAAAACACUGGUAUUUUUAUGUGCGUAUUCAAUAUCAUAUAAAAUAUAAAACCUAUAUUUUAACUUAGUAAAAUAUUUUACUACUUCUGUGCUUUAGACAGAGUGUUGCAUCCAGGAUACAAUGAAUGAGCAUUUUUCUUGAGUCUCGAUUCCCCCUUUUUAUUCCUUAAGGGCAGCUUGGAACCUUUACUCCCCUGAAGAGUUUUUGCCACUAGAAUUGUCGCUGGUCAUUAAUCUUAGGUCAUUUCCCCGCCAGUAAUCUCUCUUAGGUUAACAUAUUUUUUUGUAAACAUUUAGCCUCUCCUUGUGUUAAGCUGACAUUACCUAGCCUCAUUUUGAAAUUUAAUGCUAUCAUAAAAAUGAGAAGCACUUAUUAUUUAUUUUUAAAGUAACCACAGAAGUCCAUGCCAAUAAUGAAUAGAAAAAGUAUUUAUGCAUUUGGAAUUCACUAGGUUCUUAGGGAAGAAAAGCAGUCACCGUUUUAUUAGAUUUUAGGAUAUUUAUAAGGUUUGAACAGAUUCUGCCUCCUCUUUCUUCCCUUCUCUGCAUCUUCUCUUCUUGAAAAUAAAAGAAAAAUCAAAUUUGUUCACAUUAGAAUUUCUCAGCAUAUAAAUCUGUUUUCAGAAUAAAUUAUGUAUUGUAUAAACUUUCUCCAUGAUGAAAUAGUCAAGGACUAGAAUCUGUAAUAUUUUAAUGUAAGAUUACUUGUUAAGACUACUACGAGUGGAUGUGAACUACCUUUCUAUAAAGAUUUUUAGUAUUUAUACUUAUGUAUGAAAUUUACUUUUACAGAGUGUGGUUAAAAUUGGGAACAUCUACUUUAAACAGGGUUUAUUUUUCUAUCUUGAAUUUGCCUUACAUGUAUUCAGAGGCUCUGGAAAUAACAUGAGGAAAAGUACAAAUAUGCUAUUUCAUGUAUUUUAAAAUCAGACCCUUGGUUAUGUACCUUCUUUCUUUGUCUACCCCCCCCCCACCCCUUUUUGAAAGUUUAUUCCCUUAUUUAGGUCGGUGUGAUUCAUUUUAUAGUCAUUAAUUCUAAGGAAAAAAAGCUCUCAGCCAAUCACUCUUGGUUCUCUGUCACUCCAGGUCCUGUAGGAGCACCUGUGACAGUGCCUUGCACAUAGUAGGUGUUCAAUAAAUAUGUAUGUGCAGGAAGGAGUGAUGGCUUUUCAGUGUAACUGAUUUAUUACAAAAAAAGUACUUUGACUCUCCUUGGUCUUGGAGCUUAAAAAUGCAGAGUAAGAGAGAAUGCAGAGUCCUAUGGCAGUAUUUUCGUGGAAGUGAAGUACACAUUGAUAAACUAAACUUAGCCAUAGGUAACUGGAGACACCCUUGUGUUGUCCCGCCAGUUAAAAGAAAGCUCCCCUCCUUUAUUCAUCCGACACCUUUCUGAGUCAGGUGACAGCAGGAAGCUGGUGGGUUUCAGUCCGCAGCUCUCAACCCUGACUCUACCUUAGAAUCACUUGGGGACCUUUAAAAAAUUCCGUUGCCUGAAUCCUGUUUCUCAUUUGCUUUGGGAUGAGACCAGGUAAUUUUAUGUUUGAAAAGGAUUGAGAAUCACUGGUUUAACUUCCUUAUGAAAACAGUACCAGUAUUAAAUGUUGUCUCCUCAUUUUUUUUUUUUUUUUUUGCGGUCACCUUUUGCACUAGGCUGUCUAUCCCUGUUCUUGGUGGUAUUGGCCUAUCGUUCCACAUGACAAAUUCAAGUCUUAUUUAUUUAAUACAGGAAUAUUUUGCUGUUUAAUAUUUAAACAAUGUUUAAUAUAUUUCAUUAUAAACUGGUGUUGUAGUUUAUGACUUGUUUCCCACGUGUCCAUAUCCUUUCCUAACUUUUUUUUUUUAACAGCAGCAUGACAACAGUCGAUAUACAGAAAUAACCGAUUCAUAACGAGGACCGCUUCAUCAUUAAUUCUAAAGUAGAAGGAAGUAAAGCAUUUCUCAUCUGCUGUGCAGAAGUAGACAAAUAGACUUUGCUUAUGGAAGGGAAGAGGCGUACUUUUUAAUUGGUCUGCACAGGAAAGUAAAAGUCAAUUAUUCAUUUAAAUCAAAUUCCUUACCUAAUAAACAUUGAAGGAAAUAUUUUUCCUAAAUAAAAAAUUUUGUGACUCCUGA